GGUGAUGAAGUGAAGUCAGUGUCAGUGAUGGAGGGACAUUCUGUUACUCUACACACUGAUCUCACUCACAUAAAGACACAUGAUGUCAUCGAGUGGAGGUUUAAAGACUUCCGCAUCGCCAGAAUCAAGAGAUCAGUCAACAUUAAUCACAUAUAUGAUGAGACUAUAGAGAUAUUCAGAGACAGACUGAAGAUGAACAAUCAGACUGGAGAUCUCACCAUCACACACAUCACAUCUCAACACUCUGGACUUUAUAAACUCUACAUUCUUGGGAGAAAUAAGGACACAGUCAAGAGAUUCCAUCUUACUGUUAAUGACGCUGACAUACAUCCAAUAGAUCAACACGAUGAAGAAGCAGUAGAUGUUCAUCAUACUGAAGGAAAAACACAUUUAGUUUAUAUAGUUGUGAUCUCUUGUGCUGUUGGAACUGUGAUGAUUGUAGCUUCACUUCUGAUGUUCUUCAUCUGCAGAAAACACACAAAUACACGUCAACAACAACAACAAGAUUAUGAAAAGCAAAUCAUCUGCUCUGAUUCAACAUUCACCAAACACAACACACAGGAAUCUGAAAUGAUGACGGUGGUUUAUACAUAUUACAGCUUUAAAGGAGAUCAGACAACUCUGUCACCUGUUAUGGAUUGACUACAACAACAAAAAGUUUGAUAUUAUUUAUUGAUUAUAUACCAAGUUUGUUGUCCCAACACUGAAUGUAUUUUAUUGUUGUUCUGUCAGUACUGAAAUCCUCCUUUCAACACAGCUUUAUUAAAACUGAUGAACACA